AUGCUGGAAGAGAGUAUCGGUACAUACGUACAAAGAUGGUUGCCCAUCUACCAGGGCUGCGACAACACACACAAGCUGGGCACAGCUUUUAUUGUGAUGGGUGAAAUACAGAAGCGCGUGAUUGGGUGGUGGCCAAUCGACAACAGAAUGUGUAAGUUGAAGAUUAGAGGCCGUUACUUCAACGUGAGCAUAAUUAACGUACACUGCCCUCACCUAGGAAGUAACGAUGACGAUAGAGACACCUUUUACGCGCCGCUGGAGCGUGCAUACGUUAGCUGCCCAAAACAUGACGUCAAAAUUGUUAUCGGAGAUCUUAACGCUCAGGUCGACCAGAAGGAGGAAUUUCGAUCGGUUAUUGGGAAGUUCAGCGCUCAUCGGCUAACGAACGAAAACGGUCUUCGACUAAUUGACUUCGCCGCCUCCAAGAGCAUGGCCAUACAUAGUACCUACUUCCAGCAUACCCCAUAUCGGUACCGAAUCACAAUUCGAUCAUGUUUUGAUUCUGACCACUAUCUUCUGAUGGUCAAAAUGCGCCAAAGACUUUCGAUUGUCAACAACAUCCGCUACCGUCACCCGCCACGCUAUGACCUGGAACGACUCAAGUUUCCCGAAGUCGUUACUGAAUACGUGCAAAGCGUUGAGGCAGCACUGCCGGAAGAGGGUGAGCACAUCGAAGCCCCUCUAGAGGACCUCUGGUGUAAUGUAAAAGCAGACAUUGACAGCGCAGCGGAAGGUGCCAUAGAGUUCGUCGAGAGGAAUCAACGUAACGGUUGGUUCGACGAGAAGUGUCAGACGAUUCUAGACGAGAAGACUGCAGCGCGGGGAUGGAUGCUGCAGUUAGGGACCCGUCAAAACGUGAUGCGAUAUAAACUGAAGCGAGGACAGCAGACCAAUUUGUUCAAGGGCAAAAAGCGCCGCCUGGAAGAGAUGAAGUGUGAGGAAAUGUAUCGUUCUCAAGAAACACGUAAGUUCUAUAAGAAACUGAACGCAUCCCGCGCCGGCUUUGUGCCGCGAGCCGAAAUGUGUCUGGAUAAAGAUGGAGGAAUCUUGAUGGAUGAACGGGUGGAACAGGUGAAAGCAGCACUUAAAUGA